GUUUUAUGGGUUAACCCAACCCAUAUAACAAUUAUUAUUGGGUUGACCCAACCCAAACCUAUAAUUUUUAAAACCCAAAUGGGUUGGGCCCAAAUGGGUUGGGCAACCCAUAUUGACAUCACAUUUCGAAGCUCCCUCGAACUUUCUUCCGAGUUUGACAGAAAUCCUUGGAAUCGUCCGGAGUCAAAGAUGUUCUACAGAGGAUUGUUCAAGAAACUGGGUCUCAAAAAUCUGCUGAGUCUAGCUUUACUUCAGCACAAGGAAGAUAUUUCAGUCAGAUUUUAGGAUUUUGUGUAUCUGAUUACACUCUCGGAUCGUGUUUGGUUUCUGAAUUCAGCUCCUAGUGAAUUUGAUUUUGAUGUAAUUGGUUUUCUGGGUUGCUGAAUGUAGGUACGGAGACGGUGGUGAUGACCGUGAAAUGGGUCCUAAGCGUCAAAGGAUGAUAGAUCAAGGUCCUUCAUUCUAUGGACCUCAUCCCGGUUCGGGUUUUGUGUACAACCCUUAUGCAUUUACAGCUGCGGCUCCUUUCCCGGUCGUUCGACUUCGUGGUCUUCCCUUCAAUUGCACAGAACUUGACGUAGUUGAGUUCUUCCGAGGUUUGGACGUGGUUGAUAUCCUUUUUGUUCACAAGAACCAUAAGUUCACCGGGGAAGCGUUUUGUGUUCUUGGCUAUCCCCUCCAGAUUGAUUUCGCCCUACAGAAAAACAGGCAGAACAUGGGUAGGAGAUAUGUCGAGGUUUUCAGAAGUAAGAAACAGGAAUACUAUAUGGCUAUUGCCAACGAGGUUGCAGAAACUCGUGGUAGUGGCAGUGGUAGUGGAGGUGGCGGUAGCGGGGGCCGUGGAGGUGGUUCACCUCGGACAAGUGGGCAGAGGGCUAAAUCUCACGAUGAUUCAAAGGAAUCCGCCGAUGAAUACACAGGUAUCCUGAGAUUGAGAGGACUGCCAUUCUCGGCAGGGAAGGAAGACAUAUUGGACUUCUUUAAAGAUUUCGAUUUGUCUGAAGACUCUAUCCAUAUAACCGUUAAUGCUGAGGGGCGUCCCACCGGGGAAGCCUAUGUGGAGUUUGUGAAUCCAGAGGAAUCGAGAGCUGCAAUGGUGAAAGACAGAAAGACAUUAGGGAGUCGGUAUAUAGAACUGUUUCCUUCGUCGCACGAGGAACUGGAGGAAGCGAUUUCUAGAGGAAGGUGAACCCUUUCCUCCAUGGUACCAUAUACUUUUUUUUCUUUCUGGUUGCCCUUACAAUAGAUCAUAAUCUCUGAUUGUUAGUCACCAUUCCUUAAGGUUUUGUCUUGCCAGAAGUUUUUUGUGAGUAGGUUUUGGAUCAAAAGUUUUCUGAACAAUCUUCCGCUACUCAGUUCGAAAUCUCAAAGACUUUUGAUCAUUUGCUCGUGAAUUCGAAAUCAUAGUCACAGGAGAGGUAGAGGGAGAAAAACAUCGGUGUCGGGUCGGUCAUCUCAUCUCUCCAUUUGGUGUCUUGUCGAGGUUUUUCCAUGAGUUUCUUAGUUAGGAACUUGAAAAACUUCCAAGAUAUUUUUGUCUAUUUAUGUGGUUUAUUGAAACGGGUAUGCUUUUGGUUAUUGUUA